AUAUUAUAUUUUCAAUCGUUUGAAAUCGGAUCGGAUAUUCGGAUCCCUUUAGGAUAUUUAUCCAUGUAAUAGUCUAGUAUUAUUAACGUCUAAUGUAAUCUAGCAGUAUUUGAACUGGUCUACGGAUAUUUUGAAAUGCCAGAGUGGGAAAAUUGGUUCGAGAUUGCCAAACAGUGCAAAUAUUUACCAGAAAACGAUCUGAAGAAAUUGUGUCAGAUUGUGUGUGAUUUGUUAAUCGAAGAAGCCAACAUCCAGCCAGUCAGUACUCCGGUGACAGUUUGUGGGGAUAUACAUGGACAAUUUUAUGAUCUAGAAGAAUUGUUUAGAAAUGGAGGUCAAGUUCCGGACACAAACUAUGUGUUUAUGGGAGAUUUUGUGGACCGUGGAUACUAUAGUUUAGAAUCCUUGACUAGACUUCUAACUCUAAAAGCAAAGUGGCCACAUCGUAUUACAUUACUUCGAGGCAAUCAUGAGUCCAGACAGAUCACACAAGUUUACGGAUUUUAUGAUGAAUGUAUGAAUAAAUAUGGCAAUGCAAAUGUGUGGAAAGAAUGUUGUAAAGUUUUUGAUUUACUAUCUAUUUCUGCGUUGAUAGAUGAAGAAGUAUUUUGUGUUCAUGGUGGUUUAUCCCCUGAUAUUUCUACAUUAGACCAAAUCAGAGUAAUAGAACGCAAUCAAGAAAUUCCAUAUAAAGGGGCAUUCUGUGAUUUAGUAUGGUCUGAUCCAGAAGAUAUUGAUAAAUGGACAAUUAGUCCCCGUGGUGCUGGAUGGUUAUUUGGGUCUAAGAUUACUGAAGAAUUCAUGGAGAAAAAUCAAUUAGAGUUGAUUUGUAGAGCACAUCAAUUGGUUAAUGAAGGGUAUAAAUACAUGUUUAAUGACAAACUUGUUACGAUAUGGUCAGCACCUAACUACUGUUAUCGAUGUGGUAAUGUAGCAUCAAUAAUGGAAUUUUCUUCUGUUCACAAUCGUAAACCAAUAUUGUUUAAUGCCGUUCCUGAUGAUCAACGAGUUAUUCCAGAUAAGGCUGCUACACCUUACUUUUUGUGAUAAGUGAAAUAUUUAAUGAUACUUAUUAAAAAAUAUUGAUUAAUGAUAAAA